AAAUGAUUAAUAAUAGAUAACGUUGAUUAAGAUCCGAAAGUGUCAUCAUGAAUAUUCCACUGAUUCUGACUACAAUAAUAUUCAUCAGCUCUGUUAAUUACGUCGAAUCUUUACUGUGCUAUUCAUGCAGUGAUUUAAAAAGCAACGAGCAAUGUUUCAAUACAACCAUGUGUCCAGAUGGAGAGGCUUGUUAUGGUAGAGCAGAUGGACUCUUAACAUCGGAAGUGAAACAUACAACUGGGUGUACAAAGGAGCUUGUAAUAUCUAUUACUGUUGUAACAAGGUGUAUUUUUCGGGUAAUCUGUGUUUUGAGAUGUUCCCUAGCUUUCCUGUGUUUUUAUCCAUAUUGUUUAUGUAAGAGUGCUUUCCCCUUGACUUUGGCGGGAAUUUGUACGUGUCUCGUGAAUCUCGUUUUCAUUUCGUUCAGUGCGUUGGUUGGUAGCCAUUGAGAGAGGAAGGUAUCUCUGUUCAGAAGUUGUGAUGUUUUUUACACUUUAACAUGUUUCUUUUUGGUUGGAAACAGUUCAUCUUUGUAUAAGGUAACUAUUGCAAUGGCUGAAGUAAUUUAUUAAAGAAUUAUUCUUUGUUAUUUUGGCUAAGUAAUGUACAUGUUUCAUUUCGAAGAUAAA